GCUCCUUCUUUCCUUUCAAAUUUAAUACUCCCAUUUCUCUGCUCCUCAAACUCAUUUCUUUCUUUCUCUCUCUCAAUAUAUUCGAUUCACUACUCUCUGAGUUCUGAUAUAUCUAAGCUCGAGGCGUGAUGGCGUCUAUUACAUAUUCUCCAGCUGCAUUUACUGGAACUUCAGCUUCCGAUCUUCUUGGAAGCUCCAGUAAUGGCAUGAGCGGCAUCCCUCUUGAAACCCUAGGGACGCCACGAUCUGCCGUGUCAAAAAGGGGUGUAACUGUAGUUGCAAAGCUGAGGAAAGUGAAGAAGCAUGAAUAUCCGUGGCCUGCAGAUCCGGAUCCAAAUGUGAAAGGCGGAGUCCUAAGUCAUCUUUCCCAUUUCAAGCCUUUGAAAGAAAAGCAAAAGCCUGUUACUUUGGAUUUUGAGAAGCCCCUUGUAAAUUUCGAGAAGAAGAUGAUUGAUGUGAGGAGGAUGGCAAAUGAAACUGGAUUGGACUUCAGUGAUCAGAUUAUAUUAUUGGAGAAUAAAUAUCAACAGGCCCUGAAGGACUUAUACACACAUCUAACCCCUAUACAACGUGUGAACAUUGCCCGGCACCCUAACAGACCUACAUUCCUUGAUCAUGUAUUUAGCAUCACUGAUAAGUUUGUGGAGCUUCAUGGAGAUCGAUCGGGGUAUGACGAUCCAGCUAUUGUUACUGGUAUAGGAACCAUAGAUGGUAGGCGAUACAUGUUUAUUGGUCAACAAAAGGGUAGAAACACUAAAGAGAAUAUUCAGCGUAACUUUGGAAUGCCAACUCCCCAUGGUUACAGGAAGGCUCUGCGCAUGAUGUAUUAUGCAGAUCAUCAUGGUUUUCCUAUAGUUACUUUUAUUGACACUCCUGGGGCGUAUGCUGACCUUAAAUCUGAGGAGCUGGGUCAAGGUGAAGCUAUUGCCCACAAUUUGAGGACCAUGUUUGGUCUGAAGGUCCCGAUUGUUUCUAUUGUUAUCGGGGAAGGUGGCUCUGGCGGUGCCUUGGCCAUUGGCUGUGCUAAUAAAUUGUUGAUGUUGGAAAAUGCAGUCUUUUAUGUUGCCAGUCCAGAAGCCUGUGCUGCAAUUUUGUGGAAGACUGCCAAAGCUUCUCCAAAGGCAGCUGAGAAGCUGAGGAUUACUGCUCCAGAGUUGUGCAGGCUGGAAAUUUGUGAUGGGAUUAUUCCGGAGCCACUGGGUGGUGCCCAUGCAAAUCCAGCUUGGACUUCACAACAAAUAAAAGCCACAAUUAACGAGUCGAUGGAUGAGCUCACUGCAAUGAACACUGAAGAGCUACUACACCAUCGCAAUCAUAAAUUCAGGAAACUGGGUGGCUUCCAAGAAAAUGCACAGUUAGAUCCCAAGAAGAAGGUCAAUAUGAAAAAGAAGGAAGACACUGUUCGUAGAACCUCAAAUGUAGAGUUGGAAGGUGAGGUUGAAAAACUGAAACAGCAAAUCUUGAAAGCCAAGGAAUCAUCCAGCAAGCCUCCUGAGAUGGCUCUAAAGGACAUGAUAGAAAAAUUAAAAAUUGAGGUUGAUCAUGAAUAUUCUGAGGCCAUCAAAGCCAUGGGCUUGAAGGACAGGCUUGAGAUGUUGAAAGAAGAAGUUUCAAAAGUUAAUUCCAGGGACCAACUCACCGAUCCUGUUAUAAGGAAUAAGAUUGAGAAGCUUAAAGAUGAAUUCGGCCAGAAUCUAUCAGCAGCUCCAAAUUAUUCAAUCCUCAAAUAUAAGCUUGACAUGUUGAAGGAGUUUUCGAAAGCCAAGAGUCUCUCGGAUGCAGCUACACUGAAGCAGGAAGUUAAUAAGAAAUUUAAUGAAGUCAUGAGUCGGCCUGAUAUAAAUGAGAAGCUUGAAGCAAUAAAGGCUGAGGUUCAAAAUUCCGGUUCAGCCAGCUUUGCGGAUUUAGAUCAAGGGCUGAAGGACAAAGUUAUUAAUAUGAAGAAAGAGAUAGAAUCGGAAAUGAUAAGUGCUCUCAAGUCCUUUGGUUUGGAUGUUGUUGUUGUAAAGUCUAAUGCAAAACUCCUUAGUGAGAGAGCUUCACUUUCAAUCUUCAAAAGUAAGGUGGAUAAUUUGAAUGAAGAAAUUAGCAAGAAAAUUGAAAAUGUUGCCAGUUCAUUUGAGUUGAAGAAUAUGAUUGAGUUGUUGAAGCUGGAAAUAGCAAGGGCAGGAAGGAAACCUGAUACUGAGUCGAAAAGUAAGAUUGAGGCUCUACAAAAACAUAUUAAGCAAAACCUUUCUGAAGCUAUCAUCUCUUCAGAAUUGAAAGAGAAGCAUGAAGAGUUGAAGGCAAAGAUUUCAGAAAUGGUACAGUCUUCUGCUGGAACUGAUGGAAAUUUGCCAAAGGAAACUAAGCAUGAGGAACCUGGAGUAGAAAUCAAUUUGGAUUCAAACCACAGCUUUGCUCAGUGAUCUUCUUUCGGUCAGAAUGUUACUGAGGGAGAUGGUAUAGAAAGAGAUGGUGUUUGAAGUCUGCUUGAAGAACUAAAAUUGUAUCGGAGGAAUUAUUCAAACUCAAGCCUUCAAAGAGCUACCAAAUCCUCCGUUGCACCUGCCAGAGGACACAAGGUUUUGCAUCUAUGAGAACACUGACUGGUUAUCGCAUAUUGCUCAAUCUUUCACUUUUUUUCUCCUAAGCUGAAUUUCACCAUUUUGAAUUAGGGAUGCUAAAAGAAUUUCCCUUUGGAUGUUGCUUUUAUCUGAUUUAUUGGUAGACUGUGUUUUCUCUUUACUCAUGGACAAAGAACACUGUAUAGGUUGUGUGAUCUCUAGGGGAGACCAAAUAACCAGUGGCAUGCAGGAAUAACCCCCAAUUUUCUUUACAAAAGACUUUUCUGCCAAGUUUGUGGCCGAAUCAUGUUUAUGUGUUAGUCUACGGCAAUGCAAACGGUGUUUUAAUUUUUGGUUC